AUGCCACCCAUUCCAACAUACACAGAUAGCCCGAUCGCUACAAAAGCGUCAGGUGUAGUUCCACAAACAACAUCAGUGCCAGCGAAGGAUUCAGAGAAAGUCACGGCUACAACUACGACUACGGCUGCACCGACGAGUGCACAGUUUUAUCCUCAGGCUAAGCCCGGUGCUGUACCUUCGUUGCCAACAGCCACGACUACAGCUCAAUCACGUGGUGCUUAUAUACCUCCAAUUCCUACGCAAGGUGUCAACAGUGAUGAUCGUCCACCUGCACCACAACCUGGAGCAUUUCCUCAACCUACCAAGAUCCAUGUUCCGCCUCCUCCAAAGGAUGGGGAGAAGUACGUCCCCUCAUCAGCAACGACGUCUACCCCUCCAUCUGCCACAGUAUCAUAUCCCCUGCAAAUGUCAAUCCCACCUCCAACCAUGGCGUAUCCAGCCCAGCAAUCCGGCACGUCCUCGGCGGUAGCUUCUGGGCCAACAUACGGCAGCCAAGGCGGCGAACUUGGCCAAAAUCUGCAACACCCACCCGGUUAUCACCAGGACGGAAAUGCAUCUGAACUUAACAGGUACCAGAGGACUGCUAUGGAACAAAACGACACCACCUAUCACCAGCAGUCCGAGGCGGAGGAUGACGGAGUCUGGAAUUCUGCAAAGAAGUGGGCCCAGGCAACAGGCGAGAAGCUGGCCGCAGCGGAGACAGAGGUAUGGAAAAGGAUUAACAAGGAAUAG